UGUGCACGUGAUCAGCUGGACGGCAGCGAAUUGGACUAUUUCUGAGCGUCGGAGCGGCCAUAUUUGCUGAGGGGAACGCCAGGCUUCACAGCACGAGACCUAGUACCGUUCUAACUCGUGAUUCUGCAGUGCAACCCACGCUAUGUCUGAUUGCCCAAACGUCACUGAAAGAAUACAGGACACAGUUUUUACAGUAAUGGACUGGAACGAAAAAUGGAAAACCAGACAAAUUGGAUUUCAUGAAAAGGAUGUACACCCGUUUUUUGCAGAAUUCCUGGAUGAAAUGAAAAAUGGCAGGGAGAAGCUCAACAUUUUCUUUCCUCUAUGUGGAAAAGCAGUGGAUAUGAAAUGGUUGGCCGAUAUGGGACAUAACAUCGUUGGGGUUGAUGUCGUGGAAAUAGCAUUAAAGGAAUUUUUUGAAGAGCAAAAUGUUCCCUAUGUUGAAGAAUCUGUAGCAGAGAUACCCGGGGCAAAAGUUUUCAAGAGCACUUCUGGAAACAUUUCGCUGUACUGCUGUAACUUUUAUGACAUUUCUGACUCAAUCAUUGGACGGUUUGAUGGAAUAUGGGACAGAGGGGCACUGGUUGCUGUUAACCCAUGUGACAGGGAACGUUACGGCAGUGUUCUAUUAUCAUUACUAAAUAAGGAUAGCCGGUACUUGAUGGUAGUCUUUGAAUACGAUCCAAAGUUGAUGACAGGGCCACCAUUUUAUGUCCCUGAAUCUGAUAUAGAGCGACUGUUUGGUUCUGCCUGCAGUUAUAAACUGUUGAAGAAAAUUGAUGCACUUACUGAAAACAAGCGAAAGUGCAGACUUGAUUACUACUAUCAAAAAAUAUACCUUGUGACACCAAAAUCUAAUUCGUAAUACAUUUUAAACAUUUAAAGCGGAACCAAACCCAUCGAUUUAACGGUUUAAAAGUUACAUUCCCAGAACUUUCCGGGACUGUAAUUGUCACAGUUGCUUGAACUCUCAACUAAACUGUCAAACCCUCAAAUGGCUGGUGUCAUAACUGAUCACAUAUGCAGCAUCAUGGCAGUUGAAGAUCAAUCAAAGGCCAAGAUGACCGCUUUCUUGGCUGAAAACGAUAGGAGGGUUUAGUUCUGCUUUAAGUGGGGGUGUGUUGUGAAUGUCAAUAGAUUUCAGGUUACUACUAGAGUUGAGCGAACCCGAACUGUAAAGUUCGGGUUCGGUACGGACUUUGGGUUUUUCCCGAACCCGAAUAAUUGG